AUGAGGAUAUCCCUGACUAUUAUAGAAGAUGAGCUAGAUGAUGGAAACCAAGAAUAUGAUUCGGAGACAAAGGACGGUGAAAAUAAAGACAUCCACUACAAUAGCCAAUCAGAUUCGGAAGAAGAAAUCCAAAAAACAGUUCCUAUAAGGUCAAAUAGGAAGAGGGGCAUGACUCGAUUGCCAAAACUGAAGACUGAAUAUGUCAAUUCUGGUGGUAAAAAAAAACGUGUCAGGUUUGAUGAAUUCGGUAAGUUUACAGGGAAUAAUAAUGCUGUCUUUGUUAGCUAUUUGUGUGAUCUUGUCCGCAAGAAGGUAGGAUUAAGUGCUCUUUGCUGGAAAAAAGUUAAACCGGAAAUGAAGGACAAACUAUGGGAAGAGAUUACAGUAAAUAUUUUCUUCAAUUUUUAA